AUGAAUCCCAUUCGUGUCUAUCCACUUAAAUUUACAAAUCAAGAUUCUAUGGCAAAUUCUCCAGGUCUAAAAAAGAAAGCAUAGCCUUCUGAUCGUGCAUACACUUUUCAAUUAAAUCCUCCAUCACAAUAGAGUCGAAGCAAUCAGAAAAGACAUCCAACAGGAGGUAUCAACUCACAAGAUGAAAAAAUAAAGAUUGUUACUUAAAAGAAAUUAUAAUUACUAUAACCAUCUAGCUAUUCCCCAAAAAAGAGAGUAAUUAGCAACAACGAUAAACCUUACAUCUUCAAAUUCUCAAAUUAAUCAAGUGAAGUAUCAUUUAUGUAAAAUAUUUCAUAGUCACUCUCCCCAACAAAAUUACCGAAUUUGAAAAGAAGCGAAUCAACCAAUGCCCCCUAGGAACUUUAAGCCAAGAUUGAUUUAACCUAGUCUCAAAGGAGAAGUAAAAGAACCGAAGCUAGUAAUACAGAAAACACUCCAUAAAAUAAAACUUCUUUUCUAAAAUUAUAUUAGGAUUCCUCCCCAAAAUUGCGUUCAAUUUAGAGUAGGGUGAGUUCAUAGGCUAUUGUAUAAGACAUAAAAAUCAAACCUAAAAUGCCUUAAUAAGUGAUCAUGUUGCAUGGAAGAUCAACUAGUCAAGCUGCUCUAGUCAAUUCAAACGUGACAGAAGAUGAUGAACUUUAAGAUUUUGUCUAAUUGUUUCUAUCGAAAACUUAAGCUGGUUAAAAUGGAAAUAAAUAGACUAAAACAAAUCAAGAUUCGAUCAUUAUCUCGAAUAAUUUUGGAGGCAUAAAAAACAGAUAUCUAUUCUCGGUGUGUGAUGGUCAUGGAUUUUAUGGACAUCAUGUUUCAUAAUUGAUCAAAAGAGUGUUACCAACUAUAAUAGAUUAACAAUUGAAAACAUUUAUUGGGAAAUAGGAAAUUGAUAUUGGUGAAGAUUUGUAUUCAGAAGUAGAGAAGACCUUUUAGAGUAGUUAUUAAAAAAUGACUAAAGAUUUAUCAUCUUGCGGAAUUGAUAUAUCAUUUAGUGGAUCUACUUGUUCAACUGUCUUUGUUUCUGGAAAUAAUUUAUGGUGUGCCAACAUAGGAGAUUCAAGAUCAGUAUUUAAUUAGGUUGGAGAGUCCAACAAAUGGAAGAUAGUUGAAUUAAGCAAUGAUCAUAAACCAGAUCUACCAUGCGAAAAGAAAAGGAUUAUGGCCAGUAAAGGAAGGGUCUAACCAUUUGUUGCUGAGAAUGGUUAAAACAUAGGACCAGCCAGAGUUUGGUUGUUGCAUGAACAAAUUCCAGGAUUAGCUAUGAGUAGAUCUUUUGGGGAUUAUGUUGCAUCCACAGUUGGAGUUAUAUCAGAUCCGGAACUAAUUUAUCACAAGAUGACUUAGAAGUGUGGGUUUUUGGUGGUGGCUAGUGAUGGAGUUUGGGAGUUUUUAAGCAAUGAUGAGAUUCAACAUAUUAUCUGCAGUUAUUGGAGUCCGUAGAUGAAUGCUAAGAAAAUUGAUGAGAUGGUGGAAAGCAUUAUAAGGGAAUCUACUAGAAGAUGGCAAGAAGAGGAUGAUGUGGUUGAUGAUAUUUCAAUAAUUAUUGCGUAUUUCUCUUGA